CUUCACCAUUUGCGCCGCGAACAGUAUUGCCCGCAAUCGAUCGUCCGAUCAAAACCCUUUCCCCAAUUCCCAAAUGCUCCGUUCCACAACUCUCAGACGCUCUCUGCGCUCCCUCGCCGGCCGCCGCCGCCAGCCUGAAUACAUCUCCGCCUUCUUCCCCCGUCCGUUGGCCGGCCGCGGAUUUUGCUCCGUACCAACGCCGCCGCCCUCUUCAACCACCGAUGCCGAGGUCCGCAAAUACAUCGGCUACACAAUUCUCCUCCUCGGCUGCGGCGCCGCCACUUACUACUCGUUCCCAUUGCCGGAGGACGCGAAGCACAAAAAGGCUCAGCUCUUCCGAUACGCUCCUCUGCCUCCCGACCUCCACACGGUGUCCAAUUGGAGCGGCACGCACGAGGUCCGAACGCGGACGUUUUUGCAGCCGGAGUCCAUUGAUGAGCUCGACGCAGUGGUGAAGGAUUGCAAUGAGAAGAAGCAGAAGAUCCGGCCGGUUGGGUCGGGGCUCUCGCCGAAUGGGAUUGGAUUGACGCGUGCGGGGAUGGUGAAUCUGGCUUUGAUGGAUAGGAUUUUGGAGGUAGACGAGAAGACUAAGAGGGUUACAGUGCAGGCGGGGAUUAGGGUUCAGCAGCUUGUGGAUGGGAUUAAAGAGCACGGGCUUACUUUGCAGAAUUUUGCUUCCAUCAGAGAGCAACAGAUUGGUGGCAUUGUUCAGGUUGGGGCGCACGGGACUGGUGCAAGGUUGCCUCCUAUAGAUGAGCAGGUAAUCAGUAUGAAACUGGUUACGCCGGCGAAGGGCAUUGUUGAGGUUUCGAAAGAGAAAGAUCCAGAGCUUUUUUACUUGGCUCGUUGUGGCCUUGGAGGGCUCGGUGUGGUUGCUGAAGUUACACUUCAGUGUGUCGAGAGGCAGGAGCUUGUAGAGCAUACUUACGUGUCCAACAUAGAGGAGAUUAAAAAGAAUCACAAAAAACUUCUUUCUGAGAACAAACAUAUCAAAUACCUGCAUAUACCGUAUACUGACACAGUUGUGGUUGUGAGGUGUAAUCCUCUUUCGAAAUUGAAAGGUCCACCUAAACAUAAACCUAAGUAUACCCAGGAAGAAGCUAUACAGCAUGUGAGAGACCUUUACCGGGAAUCUUUGCUUAAGUAUAGAAAAGAGCUUGUCGCAUCAAAGACUCCUGAGGAAAAUGAACCGGAUAUCAACGAACUUUCGUUUACAGAACUGAGAGACAAGUUGAUUGCUUUGGAUCCUCUCAAUAAGGAGCACAUAGUGAAGGUUAAUCAAGCAGAGGCAGAAUUUUGGAGAAAGUCGGAAGGUUAUAGAGUGGGCUGGAGUGAUGAAAUCUUGGGCUUCGAUUGUGGUGGGCAGCAGUGGGUCUCAGAAACUUGUUUCCCGGCCGGAACGUUAUCACGACCAAGUAUGAAAGAUCUGGAAUAUAUUGGAAAAUUGAUGCAGCUUAUUGAGAAAGAAAAUUUACCUGCCCCAGCACCUAUUGAGCAAAGAUGGACCACAUGCAGCAGAAGCCUGAUGAGCCCGGCGUAUAGUUCAUCAAAGGAUGAUAUAUUCUCAUGGGUUGGUAUUAUCAUGUAUCUUCCUACAAUGGAUGCUCGUCAGAGGAAGCAAAUAACUGAAGAAUUUUUUCACUAUCGGCAUUUGACACAAACUACAUUGUGGGAUGAAUACUCAGCAUAUGAACACUGGGCUAAGAUUGAGGUCCCAAAGGCCCAAGAUGAGCUUGCUGCUCUUCAGGCAAGAUUGAGGAAGAGAUUUCCAGUUGAUGCAUACAAUCAAGCAAGGAAGGAACUCGAUCCCAAUGGGAUCCUUUCUAACAAUAUGAUUGAGAAACUGUUUCCCUCCACUGUGGCCGUAUGAUGUGCUUGAUCAUAUAUCCUUUGGUUGUAUGUUGCAAACUGAUAAUUUUUCUACAGCUCAAGAAUUAAGGUGAUCUUUUAUUAUUGAUACGAGAUGCCAGCCAAUUGGCCAUCAUAUUUACUAUAAUUCAUUGUUAAGUUUCUUCAGGUUCGCGCAAUCAUACCUUGAACCUUGAUCUUAUAAUAGUAGCCUUCAAGGAUAGAAAGAAAGCAUACUUGGCAAUGUUAGUUUGUCAAUCAACAAUUUUGUAUUCUUGAAUGGUACUUACUAAUUGGUUAAUAAAUUUUGUUUAAUCUUGAAA